GAGUAAUGUGGCAGUCCUGCCACGUCCCGGUACGGCGCUGAUUUGUUUCUAGGCUGCCUUUCCGGAGGAAUAUUUCAAAUUACUAAAGAGAGUAAUAAAGGCAUUGUUUAUUAUGUCUCUCCCGAAAACGUCCUCCACAUUGUUGAACGGCGCGUCAACGCCUGAGGGCAAAAGAUUAAAAGUAUCUGCUUCCAAGGAAGAGACAAGAGGACUUCCUGAACUGAGAGAUAAAAAAAAUACGGUGGAUCGUUCAAAACCCCUUCCUACUUCCCUCCAGAAUGAGUUCAUACCCGAGGAAGUUCUUCUUUCUCUGACUUAUGCAGCCAAUGCUGGUACUUGUCCUGAGAACUUACUGCCUCCUAAGAAAAGUAAAACCCCAAAGGGUGGUCUUUUGCAUCCUCUGCGUCCUACAGACCAUGUCUGGCAUCACCCUGUUCGAAGGAACAAGUUCAAAUACCUUAUUGACAAUCCUGUCUCCUUAACAGGCGCUGGAAGGGAUAUUUCAUUUUUGUAUGAUGUUAAAUAUGUAAAAGGAGAGACUAGGGAGAAUACGGUCUGUCCCCCACAUAAGGACCGUUCAUUACAGUCACAAGAUGGUGUCAUUGUGCCUCAUAAGCCUAAGAGAUUAACAGAUACUUUGAUUCCUGAAGAAUUUCAUAUUGUGUCAAAUACAGGAGUUUCAGGUUUGGAGUGUUAUGAUGACAAAUAUACUACCCUGCUCACAGAUAGUGAAAACAGGCUCUUGCUUUUCCCGUCCAUGAAACCUAAUAAAAGAGUAGAAGUGGUCCAGCUGAAUGAUGUGAUGGAUACUAUGCUGGAGAGGGCUGGCGUGGAAAAUGAGGAAUAUAUAGGGCCAACACAGAUGCACAAACUACUGCAUAUGUUGAAGAAGGAACAGACCAUUUACAACACAAUAUUUCACGAACUUAUUCGACAAGUCAGUGUGGACUGUGCAGAUAGAGGAGAGUUACUUUCCAAAAUCAGAGAGAGAUAUGUGCAAAUGCUUGACCAAAUUGCCCGGCAGAUGAUUGACUUCUACAAAGAUCUGGUGACUCAGCGAAUAAUGGACCAGCGCAUUUUAGAAGAAUUGUACAAUUUCAAGAAUGUUAUUGAGAAACUGACCAGGGAGCUGUAUCUGGUUCGGAAACAUGAUAUAAAAUUAACAAAGGAAGCAGAGAAGGCCCAUAAGGAUUUGGCACAAGCUCUUUUAGAUGCUGAAAAGAAUGCAAAAAUUGUAGAAGAAUACCAUGAUUUAUACACAUUGCAAAGAGGAAGGAUGGAGAAUGAUAUUAAACAAUUAAUGACAGAAAGAGAUAUCUGGAGUUCAGCCACGUAUCAAUUGGCUCUAAAGGUAAUUGUAAGAAAUAAAGUCAUGUUGGCUAAAAGACUUUACCUCAAUGAAAAAGGCUGGAAUAAAUACACUAAGUAUUUCAUCAUACUGCUGUCAACCAAGGAUACUGCAGACCUUGCACUGUUACAGAAGUUGACACAGAAAUGGAGAAACUUAGUGAAUACAUUUAAACAGGAGAUGGAACAAAGUGAAGAGUCUACACGGGAGACAUUGCAAACUGUUAAGAAUGGCCUUAUCAAAUGGGAGAAGUUCUUAAAAAAUAAUAUGUGAGUCUCCAAGAAUCUUUUUUUUUUUUUUAAUUAUACUGUCAUGUCUGAUAACUCAGGAGGUAUAUUGGAUCCAAUUCAUCCAGACUUUAAGCUAUGGGUAAAGAUGCUGAAUGAUGAUAAAGAAAAGUAUACUGGGGAUAUUCUAGUGUCAAAAUAUGAUUCUCUCAAGAUUAUUAAACAUUUACAGGAAAACUGGGCAGAUAUUGGGCUCGGGAUAUUUAAUCGCCAUAAAAACAUGGAAGGGGAAAUGCCACCAGAGCAACUCUACAUGAAGGAAAUCAACAAAACCAUAGGAAAACUCUACAAAGAAUAUGAAAUAAGAAUAAAUGGUGAUAAUGGUAUUUCCAAAGUUCUUCCAAGUGUGAUCAGUUCUCUUAAUUUCUGGACUUUCAAGAUGGAAAACCUCCUGGGGUUUCCUGAAAUUCCUCUUGAAGAAUUGGAGGGAUUUGACAAAAAAGUUGAUGAAAUGACAUCUCAGUUGGAUACAUUGUUAAGCAUUAUUGGUAUUGUACCACAGCAAUUGGACGUGGGUUCUGGCUCGGUACUCCAAGCGCAUAUUUUUAAAAUGAUUCAACAAUGGCUUUUGAAGAUAGGCAACGAAAUUGACAAUGGUAACAUUGAACUUCAGCGCCAUAUGGAUGAAUUGCAUGUAUCUAUGGUCCAGUGGAUGGUAAAUUUGCUGAUUAUAAUGGUACCUGACUGUACCGAUGAAGACAUUCUCCCAGUGUCUGAGGAGAAAAGUACUGAGACACGUGAUAUAGGAAUCGCUAAGUUAGAGCUAGAUGCAAUUGCAGUGGCAAGAAAGUUGGCUCAGUACUGCAGCUAUCUGAGCAGUUGUUGCAGAGGGAUGGUAACAGCAAUGGCUCUGAGUAAAGCAGCUCACUUACAAAAAAAUCCUGCUAAAGACUUUCAGGAGCUGGAUAAUAUGAAGAGAGAAUGUUAUGAUUGGAUCAAGACAUGUGCUCUUCUCCUUUCUGAACUCAAAGGCAGAAAAAUAAUGUUAUUGCAGCCCGAAGAAGUAGAACACCUAUUUGGAGAGGAGGUAUUUUACUUUAUAAAAGAAUUUGUUGAGCCUGAAUUAGACAAAUCUUUUAAAGAGGAUGAAGAAGAAAGUCCAGAAAUAAAGGAAGAAGACAGAGCCAAAGAGAAACCUUCAACAUCUAUGGAGAGUGAACCACUCAUUCGAGUCAUUGGAGUAGACGAAAAUAUUCACACCAAAACUCUAUUUGGAAGAGAUAUAUUGACUUCCUGGAGAGAAGCAGCUGAUCAGGGUACACCAGCUCAAAAGAAUAAGUAUCUGGAAGCAAUGACUAUAAUUGAACAUAUGCAGGAGAAGUUACUGGAGGUUGAAAGCAGAGCCAGACAGGCAGAAGAGAAGUUUGAUGAAGUAAAUGAGAAACUUCAUUAUACCCUUAUAAAAAAUAAAGAACUGGAGAAGGAACUAGAAGACAUAUUCAUGAAGCCUAAAAACAAGGAACCUGAAGGAGAAGAAGAAGAAAAUGAAGGGGACAGAGAUGAAGAAGACAAAGAAGAAGACAAAGAAGAAGACGAAGAAGUUAGACGAGUAGCAAGUUCUUCAAAAUCUCUAAAGAAAGAGUUGCAGCGCAAGGAAAGUAAUCUCAGCUCUAAAUCCAGAUCCCGGACUAAAUCCAAUCACAAAAUCAAACCCAAGCAUCAUCCAUAG